CUUCCUGGGAGUUGGGUACCAUGAGGCGGGCAGUGGUGCUGAGCGUCUCCGCAGGUGUUCCCACCCCUGGCCAUGGACCAGCCGGCGGGCCUUCAGGUGGACUACAUCUUCCGGGGUGUGGAGCAUGCCGUGCGGGUAGUGGUUUCUGGGCAGGUGCUGGAGCUGGAGGUGGAGGACCGGAUGACAGCUGACCAGUGGCGGGGCGAGUUCGAUGCCAGCUGUGAGUGUGUGCCUCCCUGGGUCAUCGAAGAUUUGACUCACAAGACAGGGAACUUCAAACAGUUCAACAUCUUCUGUAACAUGCUGGAGUCAGCCCUUACCCAGAGCAGUGAGUCAGUCACCCUAGACCUGCUGACCUACACAGACCUGGAGUCUCUGCGGAACCGCAAGAUGGGAGGCCGUCCAGGCUCUUUGGCCCCCAGAUCAGCCCAGCUCAACUCCAAGCGCUAUCUGAUCCUCAUCUACUCUGUGGAGUUUGACAGGAUUCACUACCCGCUGCCCCUCCCGUACCAGGGCAAGCCAGACCCUGUGGUCCUGCAGGGCAUCAUCCGCUCACUGAAGGAGGAGUUGGGCCGCCUUCGAGGGCUAGAUGGCCAGGACGCUCGGGACACCAGGGAGACUGAGAUCUGGCACCUGCGGGAGCAAGUGUCGCGUUUGGCGUCGGAGAAGCGCGAGCUGGAGGCCCAGCUGGGCCGAUCGCGGGAGGAGGCGCUGGCCGGGCGGGCGGCGCGCCAGGAGGCCGAGGCGCUGCGCGGGCUCGUGCGUGGCCUGGAGCUGGAGCUUCGGCAAGAGCGCGGCCUCGGUCACCGGGCGGCCGGCCGCCGCAGCCAGGACUGUCGCCGCCUGGCCAAGGAGCUAGAGGAGGUGAAGGCAUCGGAGCGGAGCCUGCGCGCCCGGCUGAAGACGCUGAACGGCGAGCUGGCCCUGUACAAAAGGGGGAGACGGACUCUGCCCAUGGUGCCCCCCGCGGCCCGGGAGGACCGGGCUUCGUCAUCCCGGGAGCGCUCCACCUCACGUGGCCGCGGUGCUGCCCGCUCCUCAUCCCGGGAGAGUGGCCGCGGAAGCCGCGGUCGGGGCCGCCCUGCUCGACCCUCACCCUCGCCCACAGGUGGUCGUGCGCUGCGUUUCGACCCUACAGCCUUUGUAAAAGCCAAAGAAAAGAAGCAGAGGGAAAUCAGGAUGAAGCAACAGCAGCAGCAGCGGAACCGAUUGGGCAGUGGAGGAAGUGGGGACGGUCCGUCCAUCUCCUGGUCUCGCCAGACCCGGCCCCCUGCCGCUGUGACUGGCCGAGGGGACGCAGCUAACCGCUCCCGAAAUCGCAGCUCCUCUGUGGACAGUUUCCGCAGCCGCUGCUCAUCUGCCAGCUCCUGCAGCGAGUUCGAGGAUUUCUCUGAGUCGCUCUCCAGAGGCAUUCGCCGCCGAGGGAAGCCUCUCAGCCCCACGCCCUGGAGUGGGUCCAAGACGAAGUCCACCCCUCUGGAACGCAGCCACCAUCAGAGACGCCUGGCCAAUUCAGGGGGCUGGGUCCCCAUCAAAGAGUACAGCUCAGACCACCAGGCAGCUGACAUGGCCGAAAUAGACGCCCGCCUGAAGGCCUUGCAGGAAUAUAUGAACAGAUUGGAUACCCGGUCCUGACCAUGGAGAGGGGGUACUUCUCCUCUAUCCCUCCCCCACUGGCCAUUGGGUAUGGCAUGCAGGCGGGGCCAAGGUGACCUUCCAGACCCAACCCCCUUCUGGUGUUUGUGGGGUCUCUGGUGUGUGAGGCCCUGACCCUGCCCUCUCCCCGGACAAU